CUCCCGGCUGAGCUCUGGCCCGGCGCCCGCAGGAUGGCGGGCGCUUCCCCACGCGUGCACUACCUGUCGGACUUCUGCUGCCCGCUCGGAGGCCGGGCGGGGGGGAAGCCGCAUGUGCUGCGUCACGAGGCGGAGGUCUUUCUGUCCACGGGGCGCGAAUUCGUCUAUGUGUACGACCAGGAGGGCGGGAUGCUGACGGCGGUGUUCCAGUUUCCCGACCAGGUGUGGCACCUGCAGCUCCUGGCCACCCGCAGGGCGCUCUAUGUCCUGUGCGCCCGGACUGGCAUCUACUGUCUGUCGCUGGACUCGCAGAGCAGGUCUGUGACCCAGGCCUGUGAGGACGAAGAGGAUGAGGCUCGCCCUUUCCCCGUGAUCCGUGUGGAUCCGGAUGCCUGUGUCCUCCCCGAUGCCGCACUCUGUGCCUUCAGUGUGCUGGAUGACAUGCUGGUCACCCUGGUCCAGGGCCCCACCCAGUGGAAGAUGCAGCUGUUCGAGCGUCCCUGCCCAGGGGAGGAGCCUCGGCCUGGAAGCCUGCUCGGUGAGGUGGAGUUGUCCACCUGCACCCCCCCAGGUGGGGUGCCCGAGAAGCCUGCAGCUCCCAGCUUCCUGCCAGUGCUGUGCUGUGUGUUCCCACCAGACUCCAGGGCGCCUCAUGAUCACCCCGAGGGCUGUGGCUGCUUCAUGCUAGAGGAGGCCCUCUUUGGUCUCCUCUUCGGAGCUGACGCCACCCUCUUGCAGUCCCCCGUGAUCCUCUGCGGUCUCCCUGAUGGCCAGCUUUGCUGUGUGGUCCUGAAGGCCUUGGUUACUUGCGAGUUAGCUCCCGGUGACCCUAAGGUCCUGGUCAAGAUCCUCCAUCACCUGGAGGAGCCUGUGGUCUUCAUCGGGGCUUUAAGGGCAGAACCGCAUGCUGAGGAAGAGGCAAGAGAGCUGCUGUCUGACGAGAACGUGCAUUCUGACUGCCUCGUAGCCCUUGGCCACCAAGGCCGGACACUGGCCAUCAAGGCCAGCUGGAGCGAGUCGGGGAAUCUGGUGCCAGAGCUUCGCGAGUACAGCCUCCCGGGGCCUGUGCUCUGUGCCGCCUGUGGCAGGAAUGGCCGCAUGUACCACAGCACCCCCUCAAACCUCUGUGUGGUCGACAUGGCUCGGAGAGACACUCCUUGGAACCUCGAGAAGCCAGACGGGGCCACAGGAGGUCUGCCCUCCAUGCUGUGCCCAGCCAGCUUGAGCAUCUGCAGUGUUGUCACCGUCUGUGUGUCUACAAGGGCAUCUACAGGUAGCACCGAGCUCCUGGCCCUGUCUUCUAAAGGGCGCCUGAUCUCCUGCGUCCUGGACUUGAACUCUGAGGUGCCUGUGCCUGCCAAAAUGGCUGUGGCAAAUGCAGGCCAGAAAAUUAAGGAGCUACUCUUGGACAUCGGUGAUGUCUCCGAGAGAGUGUCCUUCCUGAAGAAGGCUGUUGACCAGCGCAACAAGGCCAUAACAAGUCUCAACGAGGCCAUGAAUGUGAGCUGUGCCCUGCUGUCCAGCCAGGACGGCGCCCGGCCCAUCUCGUGCACCAUCGCUACCUCCUGGAGCCGCCUGGAGCUGCGAGACAUGCUGAUGGCCACCUGUACACUGGAGAAUAGCAGCAGCUUCAGCCUGGACCAGGGCUGGACCCUGUGUAUCCAGGUGCUUACUAGUUCCUCCGCCUUAGACCUGGAUGGGGCUGGUUCAGCUUUUACCUACACCAUUCCAGUGGACAGACUUGGCCCAGGCAGUCGGCGGGAAGUGACGCUGCCCCUGGGUCCUAGCGAGAGUGGCAUGCUCGACCUGCCAGUGACAAUGUCCUGCUGGUUCUACUAUAGCCUCAAGGAGGUGGUGGGUGGGGCCCUGGCCCCCUCCGACCCUCUAGAGGUCCCCUAUCUGGAGAAGCUCCCUCUCAACCUUCCUAAGCAAGAGGGUGUCUGCCUGCCCCUGUGCAAGCGCACGGUGGACAUGCUGCAGUGUCUGCGCUUCCCUGGCGUGGCCUCACAACCCGCGCAGGCGCCCUGCGUGCCUGGCUCUGCCUGUGAGCCCGUGGAAACCUUCCUGAAGGCCUGCCAAGCCCCCGGCAGUGAGCCAACUGGCGCUGCCUCCCUCCGGGCCAAGUACCUGCCUCCAUCUACAGCGUCCAUCAGGGUGUCCGCGGUGCUUCUCAGAACCGCCCUGGAGGACGGUCACUCAGGGUUCCACCUGUGCAGUGCUACACUGCAGUGGCUCCUUGCCGAGAACGCCGCCGCAGCUGUUGUGAGGGCCCAGACCCUGUCCUCUAUCCAGGGCGUAGCCCCAGAUGGUACUGAUGUCAACCUCAUCGUCCGAGAGGUAGCUGUGACUGAUUUGAGCCCUGCAGGGCCCAUCCAGGCCGUGGAGAUCCAAGUGGAGAGCUCCUCUCUGGCCAACAUGUGCAGGGCGCAUCACGCCAUCAUCAGACGCAUGCAGACUAUGGUCACAGAACAAGCUGCCCAAGGCUCCAGCCCACCUGACCUCCGAAUGCAGUAUCUACACCAGAUCCACGCCAACCACCAGGAGCUGCUGCGCGAGGUGCAGACCCUGCGUGACCAGCUGUGCACGGAGGAUGAGGUCAGCUCCUACAGUAUAGCCCAGAAGCUGCUGCAGGUUUACAGGCAGCUCCGCAACCCUAGCCUCGUCCUGUUGUGACCAGCUGCUGGCCAGCUUCUCCUCACUGCGGGACACGCUCCAGGCUGAGUUCUGGGGCUUGUUGGGCUGCACCCCUGUACUGGAACCUCUGCACCUCCGAUGGGAAGGAUCGGUGCCCAAAUACUUGGGCCAUGGAGACACAGGGUUACUGGAGUUCAGACUUGAGGGUGUGGGACUGUUCGGUUGCUGACCCCACCACACCCCAGGAGCACUGGCCGUCUCUCUGGAGCCACCAGGGGGCAGAGUGCUCACUGCAACCAAAGCACAAAGACCGAGGGAGGGCUCCCCUAAACUGCCCGCUGCCUGAGCUGCCUCCUCCCCCAGCUGGGCCGUGCCCUGCUGCUGGUGCUGUUUUCACUAUGGGGGAAGAGCGUGUCUGCAGAGCUGCUGUGAGUGCCGUCUGUGCCGUGGUGUGCCGGCAAACUGCCCUUUCCUGAUGUCCCCCGUGUCAGCUGGCGUCUGUUCCCUUCCCGCCCCUCACCCUCUUCAGAGUCCACUGCGCUCUGUGCCGGUGGUGGGCAGCCCUUCCCAGCUACCCUCCCCCGGGGCUCCUGUGGCCACUUGGGGCCCGAGAUCUGCACCUCAAGGUCUGGACACUGAGCUGCCACCGUCACAACACAGGGUAUUUACGUGGGCAUUUGUCCAUCCUCCAGGACAGAGUCCUCUAUGGAGGAGGCAGUUAGGAGAUGGAAUGCCCUCUCUUGACACCGCCCGGAGUCUGGACAAGUCUUUUUUUUUUU